UUUUUUUUCUUUACGUUUAUAUUUAUGAUCUAUGAAUUUGUUUUAUUUAUGUAAUCUAUAUCCUUAUCUUUUACCUCCUAUUUGAUCUCCUUACAUCUUAAUUUAUCUUCUAUUUGAUCUCGUUGAUAGGUUGUAACGGAUCUUUUAUUUUAGAUAAUCUUGUAAUUAAUCCCUAUAUCCGUCCAUGAUGUUUGGAAUUUACUUUGAAAAUCAUUUAUCGACUUGUCAGCCAAAAACCAACAAACUUAAUAAAGUUUUUUUUUUUUAGUUAAAUAAGUAAAACCUACUGCUCAUCUAGUCAUCUUUUUGCGUUCCUUAUAGAAGUUUUUUCACACAAUUUGAGGCUUUGUCGUCGCCCCUUCGCAUGGAAGCUCUACACAAUACUGACGUAAAGUUGCUGGCUUUCGAUUUCCUAUCAUUAACGCCGUCAUCUACACAACCGAACGCCGUCUGUCGUAGAGACACCCUCCUCAUUUCUCGUGCAGAAACCCUAGGCGUGGUUACUAGCCGAGAGCACAAACCCGACAUAUUCCUUAGAUUCACCAUCGAUGAUGGCACCGGGUGCAUCCCCUGUGUUCUUUGGCUCAACCAACUCACCUCUCCCUAUCAUUCCCGCCGUAGCCCACCAGAUGUUCGACUAAUUGCCGAAUCGGCUCGCAAUUUCGCAACCCUAAUCCAAAUUGGGGUUUCAGCUCGAGUGCGAGGCAAGGCUACGAUCUACAGAGGUUCGAAUAAUCAGUUUGAUCCUAGUUUCAAUCCAAAUGAUCCUUAUAUCCAGGGGUCCCAUGAAAUGGUUACAAAUAUUUUACUUGGAGUUGGAGGUUUUUUAGUUCAUUGUAAUUUUAAAUAGCACAAGGAGGCUAGCUAGUUACUCCCCAGGGCCCAUGAGGAGCCCAAUCUAGCAUUGCCCAAAGCCCACAACGAGCUCUGAAAACUGAUACGGUUGGCAUGUGAGCAUGUCCAUCUUUGUUUAAUGACAAGUGAAAAUUGAAUCAUACACCAUUUCUGUGAUUUUUUAAUGAUAACUUGUGGUUAUUUAUUUUCGUACACUUUAUGACCAAACAAUGAAUUUGGGUUUCUUUGUCUAUGUUUUUAACUUUGGAUUUAUAUAAUGUUUUUCAUAUUUGUCUUUGUAUUUAAAUUAUUAAUGUAAUGUGUAACGUGAAACGGUAUGUAAGGGAUUUUGGGGAAGGGAAAUUUGAAGCCAUGGGUUUAAGUU